GCUUCAGUCACACGCACCAUGAUGCUGAACUUCACCUUGAUAACAGCUUUGCUUCUCUGCAGCCUCAGCUGGAUCUCAGUCUCCGUUUCGGAGACUGUGGAGGUCAACUCUGGUGAAAAUGUCACACUGCUGUGCUCCAACAUGUCCAAACGUGACUCUUUGACAUUCUGGUUCAGACUUGUCCAGAAAACCAAGAUCAGCUGUAUCUCUGUUAUGUUCCGAUCUGACAGCAAAGCUCAAUUCUGUGAGGGAAUUCAAGAAAGAAAAUUUGAAAUGAGAUCCAACAUGUCCACUCUCUCUCUCAAAAUCAAACAAGUGAAUUCAUCCGACUCUGGACUGUAUUUCUGUGGAUUUUACGCAAAUGGACGUCCAGCUUUCAGGGUGACACGUUUGAACAUCAAAGGGAACAAUGAGCCACAUGGUGAGAAGGAAAAAAACUGUAAAAAAGAGUCUGAUGGAAUAGCAGAGCUGACGAGUGUGAUCCUGGGUGCUCUGACUGUUGUCCUCGUGAUGGUCAUCAUUGUUCUGGUUGUGAAAAACAGGAAACGUCAGACAGCCAAUGAAGAAGAACAGAAACCAGAGCAAAGUCAGAAUGUGGGCUCUGAUGACGUGAACUACGCAGCAGUGACAUUUCAAACAACAAGAGCAAAAAGAAGAGAGCUGGAGCCAAAUGUUGUUUAUGCUGCCACUAGAUAGACUCAGCAGGCGACUGGAACUGAUGCUGGAUCAUAUUAAUGUGCUGCUUCAGAGCUUUUGUUUGACUUGUAGGUGACAGGA